ACAUAUGCAAUUGAUUUUCAAAUGGUUUUUGCAAAAUAAUAUAUAACUACAUAGAAUAAUACAAGCUUUGCAAGACGUUAACUCUUCAUCUAGGUGAAAGGUUUAUGGGAGUCCGAUAUAUUAUUCUUGCAACGUUUGUUUAAGACUUCCUUUUUCUCUUACAAAUACCAUCUUUCCCUUUAUUCCUUUUUAAAAAUUCUUAUGUAAGGUAAAAUUUUCAUAAUUUUAAUCAUUUAAACUACUGGAAUUUGUAAUAGAAGCUGGAGAAAAGCUAUUACAACAGUCUGGGCACAAGAUGAUUCUAACUUGGACCAAACCUGGCAGUAAAGACGAAGAGUAAAUUCAAAGUAUAUUUUGGAGGUGGGACUGACAAGAUUUGUUUAAACACAAUUUGCGGUGGUUGAGAAGAAAAGGAUCCACUGGUGUAAACAAACUAACUCCCACUACAGGGCCUAAAUUAGCUCCACCCUCCCCGUUUGGACUCCGGGAGAGGAAGUGAGGCAAAGGAAGCCAUGGCCCGGCUACCGGCAGGCUUCCGGUCUAGCGUCGCGACAAGGCCGUAAAUCGAAGACUCCCGUUUGGUCCCGCCCUCAAUGGGCGGCCCUGGAAAUGACGGACCAAUGGCGAGCGAAUCAUUGGACAAUAACCCUAUGGCUCUGGAGUGGGUGGAGACCUGUGGAACACGGUUCCCCAGGAGUUGGGCCUUGGAGUUCGGCACUUCCGCCCACGUGGGAAGCUAAACUGUAUUGAAUCCGAAUUGCGGGAGUGAGUCCUGGACCCGGAGUGAUGGGGCCGGCCCCUGCCGGAGAGCAGCAGCGCGGAGCGCCUGGGGAGCCGGAGGUGAUGGAACUAGCCCAGGAAGGCACAGGCAAGGAGGGGAAGAAGGCAUCCUCGAAGAAGCGUGCAGCGGCUGCGUCUCCAGCAGAUGGUCUCCUCCAGCCGGUGAAGCUCAGCCGGGCGGAAUUGUAUAAGGAGCCCACCAGUGAGGAGCUGAAUCGCCUUCGAGAGACUGAGAGUCUGUUCCAUUCCAGCCUGCUUCGUUUACAGGUGGAGGAGCUACUGAAGGAGGUGAAGCUGUCGGAGAAGAAGAAGGAUCGGAUCGAUGCCUUCCUACGGGGGGUCAACCAGAGCAUCAUGCGGGUGCCCUCAGUCCCUGAGACAGAGCUCACUGACCAGGCCUGGCUCCCGGCUGGGGUCCGAGUUCCCGUCCACCAAGUACCCUAUAUCGUGAAAGGCUGUUUCCGCUUCCUGCCCCCAGCACAGGUCACCGUUGUGGGCAGCUACCUGCUGGGCACCUGCAUCCGGCCAGACAUCAAUGUGGAUGUGGCACUGACCAUGCCCAGGGAAAUCCUGCAGGACAAGGACGGGCUGAACCAGCGCUACUUCCGCAAGCGUGCCCUCUACCUGGCCCACCUGGCUCACCACCUGGCCCAAGACCCGCUCUUUGGCAGUGUGCGCUUCUCCUACACCAAUGGCUGCCACCUGAAACCCUCAGUGCUGCUGCGGCCCUGUGGAAAGGACGAGCGCCUGGUCACCGUGCGCCUGCAUCCGUGCCCUCCACCUGAUUUCUUCCGCCCCUGUCGCUUGCUGCCAACCAAGAACAACGUGCGCUCUGCCUGGUACCAAGGGCAGAGUCCUGCAGCGGCUGAUAGCCCGGAGCCCCCUACCCCCCACUACAACUCAUGGGUCCUGCAGGAUACAGCCCUCGAGUCCCACCUGCAGCUGCUGUCUACCAUGCUGGGCCCAGCCCUGGGGCUAAAGGAUGGCGUGGCACUUCUGAAGGUCUGGCUGCGGCAGCGGGAGCUGGACAAGGGCCGGGGUGGGUUUAGUGGCUUCCUUAUCUCCAUGCUGGUUGCCUUCCUCGUGUCCACACGCAAGAUCCACACCACCAUGAGUGGCUACCAGGUCCUGAGAAGCGUCUUGCAGUUCCUGGCCUCCACAGAUCUGACCAUCAACGGGAUCAGUUUAUGUCUCAGUGCCGACCCCACCUUGCCAGCCCUGGCUGACUUCCACCAGGCCUUCCCCGUCGUCUUCCUGGACUCCUCAGGCCGUCUCAACCUCUGUGCUGAUGUCACUGCUGCCACUUACCACCAGGUACAGCACGAGGCACGGCUGUCUAUGGCACUGCUGGACAGCAAAGCCGAUGACGCGCUGCAGCUGCUGUUGAUGACUCCCAAGCCCAUGAUCCGGACUUUUGACCACGUCCUGCAUCUCCGUCCGCUGAGUCGCCUACAGGCAGCCUGUCACCGGCUGAAACUCUGGCCAGAGCUGCAGGACAAUGGUGGGGACUAUGUCUCGGCUGCCCUGGGCCCACUAACCACCCUCCUGGAGCAGGGCCUGGGGUCCCGGCUCCACCUGCUGGCUCACUCUCGACCUCCAGUCCCAGAGUGGGACAUCAGCCAAGAGCCACCGAAGCACAAAGACUCUGGGGCCCUGACCUUGGGCUUGCUGCUCCGACCUGAAGGAUUGACCAGCGUCCUAGAACUGGGUCCAGAGGCUGAUCAGCCUGAGGCUGCUGACUUCCGCCAGUUCUGGGGGUCUCGCUCGGAGCUUCGGCGCUUCCAGGAUGGAGCCAUCCGGGAGGCUGUGGUCUGGGAGGCAGCCUCUAUGUUCCAGAAGCGCCUGAUUCCCCACCAGGUGGUUACCCACCUCUUAGCACUCCAUGCUGACAUCCCAGAUACCUGUGUCCACUAUGCAGGGAGCCUCCUGGACUCGCUACUCCAAGGUCUGAAAGAGAGCUCCAACACCGGUGAGGAGGCCCUGGCAGCGGCAGUGCGUUGCUAUGACGACCUCAGCCGCCAGCUGUGGGGGCUCGAGGGGCUCCCGCUGACCGUGUCUGCCGUUCAGGGGGCACACCCAGUGCUGCGCUACACAGAGGUAUUCCCACCAGCCCCGGUCCGACCAGCCUACUCCUUCUACGAGCACCUCCGAGAACGGGCCUCACUGGUGCCCCGGCCCGACAAGCCCUGCCCGGCCUAUGUGGAGCCCAUGACUGUGAUUUGUCACCUGGAGGGCAGUGGGCAGUGGCCGCAGGAUGCCGAGGCCAUACGGCGGGUCCGAGCUGCCUUCCAGCUGCGCCUGGCUGAGCUGCUGUCACAACAGCACGGGCUGCGGUGCCGGGCUGCUGCCACGCAUACUGAUGUCCUUAAGGAUGGGUUUGUGUUCCGCAUCCGGGUGGCCUACCAGCGGGAGCCCCAGAUCCUGAAGGAGAUUCGGAGCCCUGAGGGGAUGAUCACGCUGAGAGACACGCCCGCCUCCCUUCGCCUGGAGAGAGACACGAGGCAGCUGCCCCUGCUCUCCAGUGCCCUCCAUGGGCUCCAACAGCAGCACCCUGCCUUCUCCGGAGUGGCCCGGCUGGCCAAGCGGUGGGUGCGCGCCCAGCUUCUGGGUGAGGAGUUCACCGAUGAGAGCCUGGAUCUGGUAGCUGCGUCCCUUUUCCUGCAUCCUGAGCCUUUCACCCCUCCCAGCUCCCCUCAGGUUGGCUUCCUCCGAUUCCUUUUCCUGGUUUCAACCUUCGAUUGGAAGAACACGCCCCUCAUUGUCAACCUCAACAGCGAGCUCACUGUGGAGGAGCAGGCUGAGAUCCGGAGUAGCUUCCUGGCAGCUCGGACACAACUCCCUGUCAUGGUCAUCCUUACCCCCCAGGACCGCAAAAGCUCUGUGUGGACACAGAAUGGACCCUCAGCCCAGAUCCUACAGCAGCUGGUGGUCCUGGCAGCUGAGGCCCUGCCCGUCCUAGAGAAGCAGCUGAUGGACCCCCGGGGGCCUGGGGACAUCAGGACAGUUUUCCGGCCGCCCUUGGACAUAUACGACGUGCUGAUCCGCCUGUCCGCCCGCCACGUGCCCCGGCACCGCCAGGCUGUGGACUCGCCAGCCGCCUCCUUCUGCCGAGGCCUGCUCCGUGAGCCGGGGCCCUCGUCCCUGAUGCCCGUGCUGGGCUAUGAUCCUCCCCAGCUCUACCUGGCACAGCUCAGGGAAGCCUUUGGCGAUCUGGCCCUUUUCUUCUAUGACCGGCAUGGCGGGGAGGUGAUCGGCGUCCUCUGGAAACCCAGCAGCUUCCAGCCCCAGCCCUUCAAGGCCUCUAGCAUGAAAGGACGCACAUUGCUGUCUCAAGGUGGGGAGCUGGUGAUGGUACCCAAUGUAGAAGCAAUCCUGGAGGACUUUGCUGUGCUGGGUGAAGGCCUGGUACAGGCAGUGGAGGCCCGAAGUGAGAGGUGGACGGUGUGAUGGUGGCUGUGGAGCAAGCCAUCAAUAGACAGCAGGAUAUGGGCCUUCUGUAGCAAGAGGUCAAUGGAGUGACCGCCGUCGCUGCACGAGGACCUCCCGUGGUGGGCCUGCCAGCCCAACGCACUGUUACCCCUAUCAGGAGCCGACGCACCAGCACUGGGGCAAGAGCCGUUGUGUCCUGUGGGAGCCUGAACCCAGGAGGACCAUCCACCUGUCAGCCUAGCCUCGACCUGCUUCCGUUUCUUUCUUUCUCUUUUUAACCAUCUUCUAGAAGCAUUUGCAGAGGAGGACAGGGGUCCAGGUUGGAGGCUCUGUCCCCUUUUCCACUGCCGGAUCUCAGUGUGCCUUUCACUCCAGCACCAGGCCUUGAGAUGGGACCCAGAGGCAUGGCCCCUCCUGAGGGUCACAGGGUCGUGGAAAGGGGCCUGUGUGUGUGAAUAGACCACAUUGAGGGGGCACAAUGCCUUCCUGUACUGGUGCCGCUGCUUCCCAGGGUGGUGACAGUGGAAAAGUACAGAGGACAGGAAGGGGCUGGGUGAGGGUGAAUGGGGUCAAGGAACUGGGGUGUCUCCAGUCCAAGAGAGAUGCAGAAAGCACUGUGUGCGACCCCCUAGCUGUCAGUGUGAGCCCCACCAGCUCUGUGCCUCUGCCCUGAGCCCACCACACGCUGUCCCCUCUCUGCGCCUGCAGCGAGGUUGCAGAUGAGGGGUACCCGGGCUGCUCUCCCUGGCCCCAGGAAGGAGGGGAGGGCUGCCUCCUUUCCGUGUGCUCCACACCCCCUUUCUGGCAGCCUCUCCCUGCUGUUCUGCCUCCCCUAAUCCUGGCUGUUUUUCCAGACUCAGCUCAAAUAGUGCCCCUCCUUAAGCCCUUCCCUUGCCCCCAGCCUGAAGCGAUCUUCCUUCUGAACUAUUAGAGCGAGUGCUCUGUUCAGUUCACUUGGCAGGCGUAUCCAGUGGUGUGACUCUCUUGCAUUGUUCUUCAACUCUAAUCAAAAAUUAAAUUGCUUAACCCCUUCCA